CCCGAUGCUGUUAAGUACUCGUACCGGUCCAGCAGUUGCAUCACAUUCAUAUCGAGCAGAAGCAUGCAAUCCAGAAGUUGCCCUCCGUUUUUCUAAAAAAAGUGUCGUCAGCAAACACUAACCCUUUUCAAAGCCCGAAUAAAGUAUGUCUACCGAUGCUUAUGGAAGGCCUCGAUCGAGAUCUCGAUCGCGUGAACGAGAGACUCCCAGUGCUGCCAUCCCGCAACAAUCCAUGUACCCUGGCGGUAGCGGGCUUCCUCCGGUUGGGCUGUACGGUGGAAUGUCGGCGCCUAGASCUAUACCCUCCUUAUCCCAUUUGCCUGCACUAUCGGUAAGUUUGAACGGGAAAAUUAACUGAAAAGAUAUCGCUCCCAUUAAACCAUAGAUUGCAGUGUUGCAUUCGAUUAGUUCACGAAGGAAAUGAUAUGCACAGCGCCUCGCGGUGCAGCCCAUCCAGGGAUAAUUGGUUCGUAUCUAAUCCACGCCGUUUCUUUUCCAAMCUUUUACUUACGAAAUACGAUGUAAAUCAAUGAGCAGAAUGCCCACCUUGCGGCCCAGGAAAAGAUCAAUCGGGAAUUAUUCGUAGGGAACACACCUCCCGGGACUAGUGAAAUGUUGCUCUUGCAGUUCCUUAAUGGAGCGAUGCGACGAGUAAAGCUUUGCGGCGAGCAAGAAACGCCCAUUCUGAAUUGCAGGGUAAACUCAAAGUUUGCUUUUGUCGAACUUGUGAGUGCCGAAAUGGCAAACAAGGCCCUGAAUAUGAAUGGGAUCCCGUUUUUGGGCGCUGUUCUAAAGGUCAGUCGUCCAUCGAAGUAYGCCGGUCCGCACGUUCCAGCACGUACUUGGCAACAGCUGACGGGACAAGCUCUACCGGCGGGUACUGUUUUGGAUGCGGAACAAGAAAAGAUCAACCGAGAGCUUUUUGUUGGUAACACAACGCCGGAAAUGACAGAACGAAUGCURCGAGAAUUCUUGGGGAAUGCCAUGGAGCAAGUUGGUCUGAAUGUAAUGCCUGGAAACCCCAUCACGUCCUGUCGUGUCUCUGGCAAGUUUGCUUUUGUGGAAUUGCGGUCCCCCGAAGAAGCCGCGAAUGCGCUCAAUUUAAACAACAUUCCAUUCAUGGGAGCCCAACUUCGUGUAGGAAGACCCUCGAAAUGGAGUGGUCCCCCCGAUAGUCAUGGUAACUGGGAAGACGUUUUGGCGAAGUACAUGUCAGGGGAACUACAAGCAGGGAAUACAGCGCCUGGGCAAGGAGCAGCUGCGAUGAAUAGCAACGUUAAGGCCACUCGAGUUGUCGAACUAAAAAAUAUGCUGACCRAAGAGGAUUUAUCCGUUGAAGAGGAAUACAAUGAACUCGUUGAAGAUACUGAACAAGAAUGCAAACAAUACGGACAGUUGUUGAACGUGUACAUUCCAAAGAAAGGGGAGCCUGGAGCCACAAAGGUAUUUUUGGAAUACGCGUCCACUGAGGAUGCUUCGAAGGCAAUUAAGAGCCUAGAAGGACGCACGUUUGAUGGACAAAGGGUGGAAGCGACUUUUUUCGACGAAACAAAAUUCAUGAACAAGACCUUCGAUUGAAUUGUAUAAUAUGCAAAUAUCUUCUUUUCACCAAGCAUCUUUUCAUACGUUUUGUAUGGAUUUUACAAGAAAAAUGAUGUAGUAGAGUAUGAAAUACCUGGGUCGGUCGACAUUUAAUUCCGCAAAGUGCUGUUGCAUCUAAUACAUCUCUGCCUCUCUGCCCUGCUGUUAUAUACGCAUUAACCCAUUUUAAUUUGAUUUACUGGAAUGGAUUUUCAUUUCUUUUUUCUUGCAGUGAAUGAACAAUGAAUGGUCAUUCCCAUAAAGCUAGAUUGAAAUUUAGUCUUCGGUCAGUCUUGGCGGCACACCAGGUUAGAUUUUUUUGUCUCAAGUCACUAUUUUCCUCUCUUGUGGAUUUUUUUCUUGCAUCAAAUAAACAAUAAACGGUCAUCCCAAUAAAGCUCGAUUGAAAUUUAGUCUUUGGUCAGUCUUGGAGGCACACCAGGGUAUCGAGUCAUUAUUUUCCUCUUUUAGGGAAAUGGGGUUUCCAGUCAACAGUGAUGUGAGUGGUAAGCAGUACCUGCUAGAUUUUGGAUAUCCAGUACGUCAUGUCAGUCCAUUUUUGGCCACUGCAGUUUUAUGGAAAUGGCUCAAUAUGACCAUCCACACUAGUGUUCAUAACCAUAGCURCGGCUGAUAGUCCACAAUUGUUGGCUGAUCAAUCAAUUUGCACAACAAUC